AGACUAGCGGCAGCUAAAAACCCUACAAAACCCUAUUCACGUUUUUUUUCUUCCGGGUUUUCUUUUUCCCCGGACAGGACCCGUGUUACUGUUCCUCAGAUUUGUGGAUCCAGGGUUCGUUUCGUCCAAGUCCCGGAGAAAUUCGUCCUUUUAUCUGACAUGAAUAAUCUGAAGCUUUUCUCCGAGGUUGCUCAGAAUAUCCGGUUGCAAUCGAGCGAAGAGGUUCUACAGUUCGCAGCUUACGACAUCGACCAGAGUCGCUUGUUCUUCGCUUCUUCUACGAAUUGCAUUUACGCUCUUCACCUCUCUUCUCUCCAAAAUGGAAGAGCAUGGACGAAGACUGAGCUGCAUGCUGAAGUUUUUUGCAUUGAUUUGGAACCCGGAGACUUCAUCACGGCAUUCGAUUAUCUCAUGGAGAAGGAAUCACUUUUACUGGGGACUUCUGGUGGGCUUCUGCUGCUGCAUAACGUGGAGAGCAAUGUUACUGAACUUGUUGGAAACAUAGAUGGAGGUGUCAAGUGUAUCUCCCCCAGUCCGAGUGGAGAUCUGGUCGGAAUCAUUACUGGCUUUGGGCAAUUACUUGUAAUGACCCAUGAUUGGGAUUUGAUGUAUGAGAGGGCACUUGGCGAGGUUCCUGAAGGUGGAACGGAGCAUUUGUCUGGAAACUGCGGGAGAAUUUCAAUCUCUUGGCGAGGUGAUGGAAAAUAUUUUGCCACUAUGGCUGAGGUUGAUGCCUUUGGUUCUUUAUGUAGGAAGAUAAAAGUGUGGGACAGUGAUUCUGGUGAUUUGCAUUCUUCCUCAGAAACAAAGGAUUCCAUGAACGGGAUUCUAGAAUGGAUGCCCAGUGGGGCGAAAAUCGCGGCUGUUUAUGAGAAGAAAUCAGAAGAAGAAAGUCCUUCAAUCGUUUUCUUUGAGAGAAACGGACUUGAAAGGAGUAGAUUUAGCAUUGGAGGACCAGUAAAAUCAACUGUAGAAGCUCUUAAGUGGAAUUCUACCUCGGAUCUUCUUGCUGGUGUUGUAAGGUGCAACACACAUGAUGCCAUUCGGGUAUGGUUCUUUAGCAACAACCACUGGUACUUGAAACAAGAGAUUACAUACCCGAGGGAAGUUGGGGUAAGGUUCAUGUGGGAUCCAACAAAGCCUCUGCAGCUAAUAUGUUGGACUCUUGAGGGACAGAUCACUUGUUGCAAUUUUAUCUGGGCAACUGCAGUAAUGGAGGAUUCGACAGCGUUCGUCAUUGAUAACUCCAAGAUUCUCGUGACACCGUUAUCUCUGUCCUUGAUGCCGCCUCCUAUGUUCUUAUUCAGCCUCAGUUUUCCGAGUGCAGUACGAGAUAUGGCCUAUUAUUCGAGAAACUCCAAGACCUGUUUGGCUGUGUUUUUGUCAGAUGGAAAUCUGUCCUUUGUGGAGUUUCCUGCUCCUCAUACUUGGGAAGAUCUUGAAGGCAAAGAAUUUAACGUCGAGAUUUCUGGCAGUAAAACAGCACUAGGCUCAUUUGUUCAUCUUCUUUGGUUGGAUGCUCGUUCACUUCUGUGUGUAUCUCAUUAUGGUUUUAGCCACAGCAAUUUCCUUCCCUUGAGUUCGUCUGAGACAGAGCUUCAUGGAUAUUACAUUCAAGAACUUGAAAUUUUGUGCUCAGAGGGUCAUGCACCUCAUCUUGUCACUUACUCUGGUUUUGAGACCACAGUUUUGUUCCGGAAUCUUCUAGAACCAUCAGUCAUUGCUCUUAGUUGCAAUCCUUCUAAGAAUGGUUCAGCCCUUGUACAGUUUGAAGGGGGUAGAGUGUUGGAGUAUGCUUCCAGGUCGGGCAUUGUGGAAGGUUCGAGUAGAAAUGACAGCUUAGGUUUUUCAUCGUCUUGUCCUUGGAUGAGUGUGGUGCAUGUAGAUGCCUAUGGCACCUUCAAACCCUUGGUAUGUGGACUCGACGAUACGGGUAGACUGUACAUCAACGGGAGAAGGCUAUGUAAUAACUGCAGCAGCUUUUCAUUUUAUUCCAAGUUGGCUGAUGGAGUGGUUACCCAUCUGAUUCUUUCAACCAAGCAGGAUUUGCUCUUUAUUGUUGAUAUUAAUGAUGCACUGCAGGGAGAAAUGGAGCUCCGAAGCGAGAAUUUCCUUAUUGAUGGUAGAAAGCAGGAAGCGGAAAACAUGAACUGUUUAAACAUCUGGGAAAGAGGUGCCAAAGUAAUCGGCGUCCUGAAUGGAGACGAAGCUGCUGUAAUAUUACAAACUAUGCGGGGGAAUCUUGAAUGUAUUUACCCUAGAAAGCUGGUCCUCUCUUCCAUUACAAAUGCGUUAUCUCAACGACGUUACAGAGAUGCAUUAAACAUGGUGAGGCGUCAUAGGAUUCACUUCAAUGUCAUUGUGGACAUUUAUGGGUGGCAGGCAUUUCUACAAUCAGCUGCCGAGUUUGUUAAACAGGUGAACAAUUUGAACCACAUAACCGAGUUUGUCUGUUCCGUCAAGAAUGUGGACGUUACGGAAACACUUUACAAAAACUUCUGCUCGCGGAAGGGGGACAAGGAUCUCCAAGUGAAAGAUGAUUGCAAUAACAAAGUGACCUCAGUUCUAGAAGCGAUAAGGAAGGCCCUUGAAGAACGAAUACCAGAGAGUCCAGCAAGGGAGCUCUGCAUUUUGACCACUCUUGCUCGGAGUGAUCCUCCUGCCCUCGAGGAAUCUUUGGUGAGGAUUAAAUCCAUCCGCGAAAUGGAAUUGCUAAAUUCUGGUGAUCCGAGGCAAAAGUCUUGCCCAUCUGCUGAAGAAGCCCUGAAACAUCUUCUAUGGUUAUUGGAUUCCGACGCAGUCUUUGAAGCCGCCUUAGGCCUCUACGAUCUGAACCUUGCAGCCAUUGUGGCACUGAAUGCCCAACAGGACCCGAAAGAAUUCCUUCCUUACCUUCAGGAAUUGGAAAGAAUGCCUGAACCCCUGAUGCGUUACAACAUCGACCUCAAAUUGCACCGUUUUGAUAGCGCGCUUAGAAACAUUGUAUUAGCAGGGGACAAUCACUAUUCCGAUUGCAUGUCCCUGAUGAAGAAAAACCCUCAACUUUACCCGCUGGGACUUCAGUUAAUUACCGACCCUCAUAAAGCAGAAGAGGUUCUCGAGGCUUGGGGAGAUCAUCUCAGCGACGAAAAACGUUUCGAGGACGCUGCAACAAACUAUCUGUGUUGCUCAAAACUGGACAAGGCUUUGAAAGCAUAUCGUGAAUGCGGGGAUUGGAGCGGGGUAUUUAGAGUGGCAGGGCUGAUGAAAUUGUGUAAAGACGAGACCUUGAAAUUGGCUUAUGAAGUGUGUGAAGAGCUUAAUGCCCUCGGGAAACCAGGGGAAGCGGCCAAAGUCGCUCUCGAGCAUUGUGGAGAUAUAAGUGGUGGAAUCAAUCUGCUCAUCAAUGCGAGGGAAUGGGAAGAGGGAUUAAGGGUCGCCUUUUUGCAUAGAAGAGAUGACAUGAUCUCGAUGUUGAAGGACGCUUCGUUGGAAUGUGUGGGAAGUUUAGUAAGCGAAUACAAAGAAGCAUUAGAGAAAGUGGGUAAGUACUUGACUCGUUACUUAGCUGUUCGGCAAAGAAGAUUACUGCUCGCGGCUAAGCUCAAGGAGGAAGAACGGUCGGUAUGCGAUCUCGACGACGACACGGCCUCUGAAGCAAGUAGCAACUUGAGUGGAAUGAGCGCCUAUACCUUCGGAACAAGGAAGGGUUCUGCUGCUUCUGUCGUCAGCUCGACUGCUGCCAGCAGAGCAAGAGAGUCGAGACGCCGGAGAAAAGGCGGAAAAAUCCGUGCCGGAAGCCCCGGAGAGGAGCUCGCUCUCGUCGAUCAUCUUAAGGGUAUGCGUUUAACGGACGGAGCGAAGCGCGAGCUUAACUCCUUGUUGGUUUGUCUCGUAACCCUCGGAGAAAAAGGGUAUGCAAAAAAGCUGCAAAACGCCGCGGAAAACUUUCAGGUGACACAAAUGGCGGCUGUAGAGCUGGCGGACGAUACCUUAUCCAGCGAGAGCUUAGACGAAGAUACCUAUUCUUUAGAACUCUACGUCCGAAAACUCGGAACCUCGGCUCGGAAUUCUGAUGCCUUCAGCUGGAUGCUCAAGGUGUUCAUCUGCCCUUAAGCCGGAGAACCUUGAAUGAACUUUGUUUCUUACUCAGAUUCGGGUUUUCACUCUACUGUCUUAUACAUGUUUCCUGAUAAUGUAUUCAUAGAAACAAAUCUUCGGAUCUUACAAUGGGAUUUUGUUUUGCAAACCUUUAUAUUUGAUGAGGGCAACAACCAAACACGAGUUUUUACCGAAUCUCUUCAAGAUCCACGGUACAUAUAUUAUGUCUUUUUGUUUCAAACACCACACAUUUAGACCCCGACACCACGAUUCCACAAAAUAUAACAAUCAUGGCAACAACUCCCGGACAAACAAACGAAGUUCAAAAGGGUUUUUUUUUUUUUUUUUUUUUUUUU